CUACUGUCCAUGGUCGCGAACCCACGUCAAUCUUCGAACAUUUUUGAUGGCGUAAUCCUGCUUCUCUCCAAAGGCCACAAUGUUUCAUCCCCUUCCUCGAUUCCAUCUUCAACUGCUGUCAAGGCGCUCGCCGAACACCUCGCUCCGAUGCCUCAUCUCCUUGUGUUGGUUUCCACGGCGGAUGGCAUUGGUGAGGGAGGUCGACAAAUGGAGCCCUCCAUCUAUCGAAACCGAUUUUUCGCUACACAGUUGCACUCGCCGUCAGAACCCGUUAGGUCUUUACCACAGACACCCGUUGCUAGAAAUUGUAGUGGUGAGAGAGUGACCGGUAGUAGUCAGUCGUUCUCGUUUGAUGACGCUGAUCUGGAGGAACCGUCGCUUCCUUUUGAAACACCUCACUCUCCAGUUAACUUCGGACUUGCAUGUAUUUUGGAUAAGCUUUCUGCUUUCCUAUCAACCUGCUGGACACGCAAACUAAUUUCGAGUGACGAUGGUUGUCAGGAUGAAUCAGGUGUCCAUCAAAGUACCUCACCUAAGACAAAGGGUGGUGCCGAAGGGGUUUGUGGCUCCGUUCACGAAAGUCGCUUCCGCCAUACUGUUCCUCUAUGUCAACUUCGUCAUCAUCACCGUCGGUGUUCUUACCGACGCCACCAUAAUCAUCGACGUCACAUCCGCAGACAUCAUCAUCAUCAUCACCAUCGGUGUAGUAAAGCUGCGGCGCCUACUGCAGCCGUCAAGAUAUUCCGUACUUCUUCCGCUUCCUCUUUUGCAAGCUCAAAUCCAACCACAACUUUGAAUUGUCAUCGGCCUCCCAAGCUCACUCUAACCCCUGCACUCCCUGCUCAGCCGAGGAAAUUCGUCAGAAGUUACAGUCUGCCUGCCUGGACUGAUGAAAUGUCUUCUUGUGUCCCACUGACACAGCCAACCUGUUUUGCUGCCAUGUCUUAUGAACCAACUCGAUUUCUGUCAAGAUCACUCAGCACGUUUAAAUAUCGUCGAAAAACAGUUUCGCAUUUCGAGACCGAACCGCCUCUAACCACUGGUUCAUCGGACUCGAAACUUGGUGAUGGUGAUGCAACUGUGGAAAACACCCCGAAAUCUAAUCAAACACGCAUGUCGCAACUUGUAACCUCGACCCUUGAACCCCCGUCGGGCGACUGUUCCUCUGCCGCCUCCUGUUCUCCUCAUCCAAUGGCUUCACAGUCUUCUCGCUUAGUUUUCGCUUCCGAGAGGACCACUUAUGAUCCAGUAUUUCUCAAGUUUUCUGAGGGCGUCUCCCCCACUCUACCUGAUGGUGCUGGAUCGGUAGAAGUGCACGUACUCUCAGAGCAGCAAAGACGACGGCGUCUACGUAAAAAGGGGUGCAAACAGAGGAUACAAGAAGUCGAACCAGAGGCAUUCCAUAAUAUUAACGAUGCUCUUGAAAUGGGAACCAUCCAGUUGAUCCCUUGUCCACACAUUCAGCGGCCACCCACCACACCGCCUCCUCAGUUUCAAUCUGCUUCUGGUCUCGUCUGCCGUCAUUCGCUCAGACAACAACCUGUCGAACAAAACAGCCUUGACUUUGGUUUGAAUCAUCGAGGAUCGUCGACUUGCGAACACAACUAUCAACCUCACAACAAUAUUUUUGGUGUUGCUCCUCCAACGACCACGUCGACAGGUGGCAGUGUUUCGUCGUUUUUCACCUCGGGCAUCCGUGCUGUCGCCAGCGGUUUUGGUCGCCCCCGUGAGCGUCGGCGUUCCGUGAGUACGCCCUGCGGUGGAGAAUUGCCUAAUAAUACUACUGGCUCCUUGAAGACGUCCUGUGUUGUGGUUCCCUCAUGCGUCUCAUCCCAUACUGCAUCCUCUACUCCGGGUUCUGGGCGAGCUGGAGAGUUCUAUCCUAAUGUGCAUGAUCUGGAAACGUCCCAGGGAGCUGGCGGUGACUACCCCACGACGACACUCUCCAAAGCUUCAACGCCACCCUUCUCUUUCGAUGAUCUGGAAAGCAUCGGCAUAUUUGCCGGUGGUGGUGGUAGUGGUGGGACUCCCCUUCUGCGCCUACAAGUCACCUCUUUGGAUCAUUUAACGCAUAUGGCGGCGUCCAGUCGGCCAGCGGGUAAGGGCGGUUGCUUCGCGGUGACGCCACGGCAUUGGCACCUGCCCUCCUGCCCCCACAGACUCUGCAUACCCCGACAGAACUUAGUGCCUCCGUCGCAGUCUACGACUCGGCGGCAUCCGCCCUCUCUGACGACUGCGCGACACUGUUGGCUUCAAAUGCCUGUUGUCAGCGGUGCUUCACCCUCCUCUAAAACUCUGCAUAAUGAUAAACAGUCUUUCAAAUCUAGCCACUGUACUGACCCAUCGCCUAUGAGCACCGCACUCCCUCCCGAAUCUCGGCCUCCAGCGUUGCGUCACUUGCCUGCAAGCCCCUCCAAGCACCUCCAAUACCCCCCUACGCUUCAACCACCCUUUGCUGGUGAUCAACAAUCGACUAUGGAUCUUCUCUCAUCACCUUCCAACGCUUCAUCGGAUGACUUUGUCCCAUCGAUUAGUCGACCGGGCACAUUUCGGACAGCAGCAACGGCAAUGGCGCAGUGUGGGGAAAAAACGGUCCCUCGUCCAUCCCCUCCAUUGGCCUUAUCAUCGUCUACUAAUCAUCCGCCAAGCUCGCUUUCCACUGGCUUCUUGUUGUCGUCACCUGUCAAAGAAAGCUUUCUUAGUCCAAGUGCAUCGGGAAGGCGGAGUAAACGCAAUGUGCUAUCACUCUUCAGUGGGAGGACAAAUAUCUCCUUGUCAGAGCCACAGCCACAAAAGUGUAAGCGCCAGCAAACUUUCUCCACAGGCCCAGGUGGUGGAGCUUCAUUUCCCUCGACUCCUAUCCGGGAUCCUUCUGGUGUGCAAACUGUGCUAUCGUUCGGUCAUCAUAAAGCGAAGUCUACCACGCCACCAGCACCCAACUCUGCCGCUAUAAAUAACACCUGA